AUGCGAGGCAUAAAGCUAUCUCAAUGGCCAGCUCUUACACCACCGAAAGGCUCGUUGACUGAUUUUAUGAGUAUAGACCAUGCACCAAGUCAAGACAGUACACCAGCCAUGCAUGUUGAAGUACCGACUCGUACUGCGCCUUUCGAUCCAAAUCUCGUCAUAGCAGAUGUGAACCAUGCCACAACCGGACUCGAUACAACAGCACGCCCUACGGUGAAGCGGGAACGUAUUAUCAACCUGGAGAGCGAUGAUGAAGAGAAGAAGAAGAAGAAGAAGAAGAAGAAGAAGAAGAAGAAAACAGCUACACAAGUGGCAUUGGGCAGAAGAGAUCACGUAGGGCGAUAG